AUGAACUGUAUCGAGUCAAAGUGUGCAGCUCACCACGACCACUUCGGGCCGGAUAUCGUAAAGGGUGAUGCAGCGCGCAUGCAAAAUGCCACUCAUCACAGCAACACCGAGGCGCCCACAUCGGUGAGGACGGUUGAAACUCACGGAUGCAGAAGAUGGUUGGAGCGCUUGCCAACAAGUGGCGAGCAUCCACUUCGUCGUUACGCCAAUGUUUCCAGGGAUGAUGAUGCCGCCCGCAACAGCUGCCCGUCGCUAUCGCCCAUUCGGCUACCGCAUUGCCCAGGAGUUCCUCCAGACCAGAUGUGUGAGCGUCAUGCAGGCAGUUUAAGUGUUGUCCCCUCGCCUUCAUAUGAAUUGCGGCGGUCUUCUGUUGGAAAGAUGACGGUACGGAAGCCCUCACCACCUGCCCAUAUCCCAUCGUCUUUGCUUACAUUCCGCGAGCGUCCCCACCGCAUUGACCCCGAUGAAGAAGCCAUGAUGGAGUUCUUUUCCAUUAGUGAACCACCGCUGUGGGGAUUCUCAGCUCCAACAAGUGGACAAAAUCCCCUUGAGGAUUGUGUGGAAGCAUCGUGCCGCGCUGGUGAAGAUGAGGGACACUGUUCUAAAAGCAGUAGUGGCGAUUCUGUCAUUGAUGUGGAGGCCGCUUUGGCUUUUCAGCGGAACGGAGCGCGUCGCUCACGACAGGCGGGUCCGGGAUAUGAACGCCCAUUGAGCCCUGCAGUUCCAAAGGAGUCGUAUCUCUUCUGUUAA